GAUCCGAAACGCGUCACGUUGAAAACCUGUCUGAUCGAUGGACGCCCAAACUUCUCUCUCCGACUUAAUUUCUCCAACAGUCGAAGAAGAAGCAGCAAUUCUCAGACGCAUAUUUACAUACAAAUGCAAUGAGCUCGCUCUUCAAAACUCUCAUGCUUCCAGUAGCAUUUCGAAAUAUUCUUACCAACCCGACAUAUAUCCAGUGCUCAGGAGUGAAAAUCCGAUAAAAAAGAAAGAAAAAAGAUUGAUCAUGGGGAGGAAGACAGUGUUUUUAAUGGCGGCGGUGCUGUGGCUGAGUAUGGCGGCCGGAAGUUGGAGCGAGGAUUCUGCUGUGGACAAUGCCAGGGACAACUUGAACUUGGCAGCUGGAAAUGCUAAGGAAACCACCGAAUCGUGGUUUGAUCGGGCCUUCAACAAAAUCGCAGAGGGUCUUGGAUUUAGCCAGGAUAAUGCAAAAGAUGCUGCUAACAAUGCGAUGGAGAAAGCUGGAGAUGCAGCGUCUACGGCCACAGAUAGAUUAAAAACAAGCACAUUUGGAACACCGGAUGCAGGCAAGUUUGGUCAUGACAGCUUUGAUUCGUCUAUAAGAAUGCCUACCGAUAAGGUUGACAAUGCCAAAGAGAUGGUGAGAGGGACAAUGGAUUGUGGAAUGGAGAGAGCAGCAAAUGCCUAUGGUGAAGCAAAGGAUACAGUGAAUAAUGUUGUGGGUGCGGCUUCUGAUAAGGCUCGUGAUGCAGUGGAGUAUGGAAAAGAAACAGCUGCCAAUGCAUAUAAUACCGAUAAAGUUCACAAUGCGAAAGAGACGGUAAAAGGGGCAGUGGGUUCCGGAAUAGACAGAGCAGAGAAUGCCUAUGGUGAUGCAAAAAAUAAAAUGAAUAGCGCUAUGGGUGCGGUUUCUGAUAAGGUUAAUGAUGCAAUGGAGUAUGGAAAAGUAAGUGCCUCCGAUGCUUAUAACACCGAUAGAGUUGAGAAAGCCAAAGAGACAGUGAGAGGGUUUGUAGGUUCGGGAAUGGACAAAGCCACGGAUGCCUAUGGCGAAGCAAAGAAUACAAUGAAUAGGGCUAGGGACGCGGCUUCUGAUAAGGCUAAUGAUGCCGUGGAGUAUGGAAAAGAAACAGCUUCCAAUGCAUAUAAUAGCGACAGACUUGACAAUGCCAAAGAGACUGUGAAAGGGGCAAUGGGUUCCGGAGUGGAAAAAGCAGCGAAUGCCUAUGGUGAAGCAAAGAAUACAGUGAAUCGGGCAGUGGAUAUGACGUCUGACAAGGCUAAUGAUGCAGUGGAAUAUGGUAAACAAAAAACUGCCAAUGCAUAUGAUGGAGCCAAAGAGACAAUGAACAUGGCCUCGGAUAAGGCCUACGAUGCCAAAGAAAAGGUGGCGGGAGGAGUUGAUUAUGGAAGGGAAAGAGCAACGAAUUCAUAUGAUGAAGCGAAACAAAAGGUUGGGGAGUCGUACGCGUCUGCUAAGGCCUACGAUGCCAAAGAAAAGGUGGCAGGAGGAAUUGGUUACGGAAGGGAAAGAGCAGCGAAUUCAUAUGAUGAAGCUAAACAAAAGGUUGGGGAGUCGUACGCGUCUGUUAAGGAUAGUAUGACUUCGCAUGCCAAAGAUAACUAUGAGGCUGCCAAGGGAGGAAUCGAUUACGGAAGGGAAAGAGCAGCGGAUGCAUAUGGUGAAGCCAAACAAAAGGUUGGGGAUUCAUACGCGUCGGCUAAGGAUAGUAUGACUUCAAGUGCAAGGCAUAACUAUGAGGCCGCCAAGGAGUCCGCCUCACAAGCUGCUGGUGAUCUCGGGGCUACAAUGAGCAAUGCAGGUUCGGGCCAGUAAGGAAUUAAUUAAUUUUCCGCUGGCUGAGUGCAUGUUAGGUCCAUAAUCUGUGAUCAAUAUAUAUGUUUUUUCUCAGUAGCUAGGAAAAUGCUGGGAGUUUUGUGGUGUAUUAUGUAUAUGUUUCUUGUUUUCUCAUACUCUGCCUUGUAGAGUACGUGUAAACUUCUAAAAUCAAUUUUUAAUCCUGUACGUAUACAAGGAACUUGAGUUUUGUGUUUUUAUAUAUCAUGUAUCCUUGUAAACAUGCAAUGCCCUCUCUCUCUUGAAUGUAGGAAUAUUCAUACUCUCAA